AUGCAGGCAGAAACAUCUGUGGAGAACUUCAGAACGACUUCGUUGGCCGAAGAUGGGGCUGGUGCCAUCGAUGGCGGCGUCAAGCUCGAAAAUUCGCCCACAAUUGAGGAAACACACUCGCUUUCAGAUGGACAAGAUGGCAAAGCUACCACGGAGGUAGAAACGGAUCUGAGGUCGCAACAGGAGCCUGAGACGCAGCAAACGGGACAGCAGCUGCCCAAACAGGCCGGUAUCAAGGUUUUGCAUCACAGAGUUAAUGGUUACGUCGGCUUUGCAAACCUACCCAAACAAUGGCAUAGAAAAUCGAUCAGACGCGGGUUCCGUCUGAACUUGCUGUGUGUGGGCCAAAAGGGCCUGGGAAAGUCAACGCUAAUCAACACCUUGUUCAACAAGCCCAUAUACGACGUCAACAGUCCAGGUGCAGCAGAACUGGCGGCGCUGAAGCUGGAGGACGCGGGCGAAGCGUUGGCCGACGCCGACGACUCGAGCGAGCAGCAGCAGCAGCAGCUUGAAAAUCAUCAGUACAAGGAUGCAGAAUCAAGCGGCCCUCACGUCAAAAUCGAGACUCUGUCGACCAAGAUCGAGGAAAAUGGUGUUGCCUUGACUCUGAACGUGAUCGACACGCCCGGUUUCGGCGAUGCCAUCAACAACACAGACGCGUGGAAGCCCAUCGUUCGCGAAAUUGACAACCGUUUCGACCAAUUUUUGGAUGCCGAAAACAGGGUCGACCGCACCACCAUCGAAGACAGCCGUAUUCACGCGUGUCUGUAUUUCAUAGAACCCACAAACCAUUCGCUCAAGGCCCUGGAUCUUGAGUUCUGCAAAGCAGUUCACCAAAAAUGCAACCUCAUCCCAGUCAUCGCCAAGUCGGACAUUCUCACGGACGAGGAAAUCGAGGAGUUCAAGCUUUCGAUCCGCACCCAGCUCGAAAGCGAAGGAAUCGAGUUGUUUGAACCACCCCGGUACGCUCUUGACGACAAAGAGACUGCGGCGCGCUCAUUGCAGCUUCAUUCCCAGAUGCCGUACGCGAUUGUGGGAUCUGCAACUGAGGUCACUACGGCGGACGGCAGAAAGGUCAGGGGACGUGCGUACCCUUGGGGUGUGAUCGAGGUAGACAAUGAAGCCCACUCGGACUUUGUGCAUCUACGCGAUUUGCUCAUUAAAGUGUAUCUGUUGGAACUGUGUGAGAAAACCGAAAAGGUGCUCUACGAGAGAUACCGGUCCGAAAAGCUGAACUCUUUGAACAUAAAACAGGACAAUUCGGUCUUCAAGGAGUACGAUCCAGAGCUCAAGCAGAAGGAAGAAAAACAGCUGCACGAGGCCAAGCUAGCAAAGCUCGAAGCCGAGAUGAAGGCCGUUUUCCAGCAGAAGGUCAACGAAAAAGAGAAAAAGCUUCAAAAAUCGGAGGCCGAGUUGUUCGCCAGGCAUAAGGAGAUGAAGGAAAAGCUCACCAAGCAGCUCAAGGCUCUGGAAGACAAAAAGCACCAACUAGAAAUGUCUUUGGUCAACCAAUCCGCCAAUUCUCCUGUACAAACCAAGAAAAAAGGCUUUCUUCGUUGA